AUGCAAAUUAAGAUUAUUUUAAUUUUCGCGUUAUUUUCUGUGAAUAUAAUAAAUGCAUCAAAUAUUCUUGCGGUAUUUCCGAUGGAUUAUAAAAGUCACUUCUUUAUCGGUCGAUCAGUUGUGCAGACAUUAGCGGAUAAGGGUCAUAAAAUAACAAUUAUAAGUCCACACAAGUUUGAACACAAAAAUGUUGAAAAUGUCAUACUCGACAAUCGAGAAGAAGGUUGAAUUACUUUAUUUAUAGACAAAAAUGCAAUUUUAUCACAUUAUAAAUUUUUCUAUACAGUUCAUGUGGAUGCAUUUAAAUUAGCUGAAAUCACGCUUUACACAAAUUUCGUUGUCAUGUCUCAAAUAAUUGAAAAACGUGUCGAGUUCCUUUUGUCACAUCCAAAUGUGCAGAAAAUUUUAGCAAAUGGAACUUUUGAUGCUGUAAUUGUUGAAAUUUUUGGCAAUGAUGCUCUUUUUGGUCUCGGCAAUCACUUCAACUGUCCAGUCAUCGGAAUAACAACAUUUGGAGUAUCACAUUGGACGAACAUAAUUGCAAGCACUCCAAAUCCCACAAGCUACAAUCCAAAUAUAUUUUCACCAUACACAGAGCACAUGACAUACCUGCACCGACUUGACAAUACAUUCAUUUGGUGGAUGGAAGAAAUUUUAUGGAACAUCCUGAACUAUCCAAUGCAAAAUAGAAUUUAUGAGAAAUAUUUGAAGAAGGAUUCACAUAGUUUAAUGGAAGUGAUCAAGAAUGUUUCAAUAAUUCUUAAUAAUCAGCAUUUUUCAUCAGCUUCAAUUAAGCCGACAAUGCCUAAUAUCAUUGAUAUUGGUGGAAUAACUGUCGAUCCGCAUGUCAAGCCACUUCCGAAAGACAUAAAAGAGUUUCUUGACUCAGCAACUGAUGGAGCAAUCAUUUUCUCAAUGGGAUCAAUAAUCCGUUCUGUUCAGUGGCCAGAACAUAAACGUGUAGCAUUUGUAAAGUCUUUUGCAAACAUUAAGGAAAAAGUUUUAUGGAAAUACGAAAAUGACACGUUGCCUAACAAGCCUGACAAUGUCAUGAUCAGCAAAUGGAUUCCACAAAGGGAUGUCCUAGCUCAUCCAAAUGUAAAGCUGUUCAUCACACAUGGUGGUCUGCUAGGAACAACAGAAGCAAAUUAUGAAGGAGUUCCAAUGCUGGCAGUUCCAAUUUUCGGUGAUCAGAAAAUGAAUAUGAAAAUGGCACGCGACAAAGGCUUCACAUUCAUUCUUGACUUUGAUAAUUUGAGUGAGAAAACAGUCACAGAAGCACUACAAAAAGCCUUGACUGAUGAACAAAUCCGAAUCAAAGCCAAAGAAAAUUCAAGAAUUGUUAGGGAUCGUCCAAUGACACCUCAAGAUUUGGUUGUGUAUUGGGUUGAGUAUGUCAUUAGACACAAAGGCGCUCAUCAUUUAAAAGCUGUUGCGAGGGAUUUAAGCUACAUUCAAAUGCACAACAUUGAUGUCUAUUUGACAUUUAUAGCUUUAAUUAUGUUAAUUAUUUAUGCUCAAUAUGCUUUAGUUAAAUAUCUUUUAAGACUUUUCAUGCCGAAACAAAUCAAACAGAAAACUAAGUGA